AUGUCUGAGAAGGUCCCAGGAAUGCUCCUGGCCGAUACAGAAAGAAAUCCCAAAGAAACUGUGAAUGUUGCGACUCUGAGAAGUGGGCGAGUGUUGAAACAUCUCACCCCAAUCCAAAAGGACAUGAGACUUGAAAAAGAAAGAGGGGAGCAGCUAAAAAGUGAUGUAGAAAAGAAAAAGGAAGAAAAUACGAAAAGGGAGGAACCUAAGAUGCCUGCUUAUGCUAAAUUCUUGAAAGAGAUCCUUUCGAAGAAGAGAAAAAUAGAGGAGACCUUAGUGGUCAAGAUCACAGAGCAUUAUAGCGCGAUAUUGCAAAAUAAACUCCCACAAAAGUUUAGAGAUCCAGGGGGUUUUAAUAUACCUUUUUCUUUAGGAACUGUUAAUUUUGAUAAAUCCUUAUGUGAUUCUGGUGCUUCAAUUAAUCUAAUGCCUCUAUCUAUCUACAGGAAAUUGGAGAAGAAGAUUGGAGAGAUAGGGUCUGCACCCAUAUCCUUGCAGUUGGCAGACCAAACGACUAUAACACCCGAGGGGAUAGUGGAAGAUGUGUUAGUUCGGGUGGUUAAGUUUGUAUUUCCAGUGGAUUUUAUAGUGGUAAAUAUGGAAGAAAACAAUAAGGCCCCCCUCAUCCUAGGAAGACCAAUCUUAGCGGCGGGUAAAGCUAUAUUAGAUAUACAAGGGAGAAAACUCAUGCUUAGAGUGGGUGAGGAAACUGUGUUUUUUAAGAUGGAUGUAGCAAAGGGGGCACAAAAGGACAAACCAACUGCGAGUGUUGGAUGGAAAGUAAAGGGCGCAAAAGAGAAGGUUGCGGUUAGUGAGAAAGAUAAGUGUGGGGUAUACCCAAAGAAGGCUGAGAAGAAGCUUUCUGCAUAG